CGUUGCUCAGUUGCCUGGAGCGCGUUACUAAGGAGACGGCGACAAGAGGAGCACAGUGAUGGUGGCGGUGCCAGAGUCAUGUAGUGAAGGAUCACUCCGAAUGCUAUUGCAAGUUCCAGCAGUUUGACUUAACACGUCUGAUGUAUCUUCAAGUUGGAAUGUUGCAUAACUAUGAAGAGGAAUUUUAAGGCGAUUAAAUGAAUGGACUAAGAAUACACUGGUACUUUGCCUUACAUCUAAGAUGACCACCUCCCUGUAAACUCUGCAUCCUCGGAAUGAGAAACAUGGUAGAGUGAAAGCAAGGCACGGCAGAAGGGAAAGCUUGGUCGCUUUCACGGCAAGUGAGGAAAAGCAGGAAGGUUACCAUGGUAACUGUCAUCACGGAACAGCUACAGAAACAGAGUUUAGAUGACCUGGCUUGUAAGGUCUUCAGUAUUAACCUGCCCCUGCCGGAGAAUACAAGUAAAGGUGGCUGCUGGAAUCCGUACCGAUUCAUACCAGGGGAAAAGAACUGGAAUGUUUUAGAGUCCUCAAACACUGAUUUGCCAGCAGAUAUGGGUUUUUCUUCAUUCGCAAGCUGCAGCCUAAGCAGUAUCGAUUCCUCCAGUCAGAAUAAAUCACUGUGCACAAGACAAGCAACAAACACGUGGAUGGGACAUGUGACGAGCACUUCAGUGGGGAAUCUAAGUGACUUGCAGUUCUCUGAGAGUUUUGCCUCACUGCCAGAUCCACCAACCAAAAGACACUGUCGGUCACUCUCCGUGCCAGAGGACCUGUCACGCUACAGGUCUCUCUGGAAGCCUGCUGGAUCCAAGGUGUGGACUCCUAUCAAACGGCGAUGCAAUAGUGGUGGAAAUGGAAGCACACAGCUGAGUAACCCAACUCAGCGCCCCACCAGCCUUGGUCUCCAGCAGCUAUCCAACUCCAGUCUUCCCUCCAACACCAGCAGUUUCACAUUUUCCAGUCUCACAGCAUCUCCUGAAUCUCCAUUACCAUGGAUGCUGUCACCCAAUAAUCAUUCCACAGAUAUUGGUGAGAGAACUUUUUUGGGUGUGCAGUGCACGUUUGUUCCUCAGAGGCGUUUCUCACUGUCACCGGUACAUAUUCAAGAAGCAGCACGAUGUCUGCUUUCAGCCAAAAGCACACCCUCCUCCACUCCAGAGAUGAACCGACGACAGCAGGGCUUGUUGCGGAGUCACUCCCAGCCCUGUGACUUAAAUGAACGGAAGUGCGGUAUAAAACGAAGGCAUGAUGACGACGUCCGAUGGACAAGACCUGCUUUGGACUUCUUCAAGAUGAACCAGAGGAGAAACCUGAGCAGUCCUGCUUGCCUAGAAAUGGAGAAAAAGAAAUCCCCAGAGGGCCAGUCACCUGACUCUACCUUGGACACUGCAGGCUUCAGGACGGACUUGUCGCAUAGUUGUCCAACGAGAAGCUGCCGGAUUGAAACACUCAGUGAAAGUGAGGAAGAGGGGGAUGCUAAGAAUUGUGGUAGCACAGAGGCCUUCCCAUUCCAUCGCACAUGUGAGGAUUUAGAUUUAGACAUGAUUGAGGAAAACUGAACAAAUUAGUUAAAGUAAUAUCAGGACCUUUGAACCGCACGAAUUAUGCCUUAAAAUGCAAAUCCAUGAGUACAAAAUACAAAAUUGACAUAGAUUGCUCUCCCCUGCGGAUUUUAUCAUUACACUACUUGAUUGGGCAGUUCUUUUGUGGGGAGGGGAGGUGACAUGUGAGCUGGGACCUGUAAAUUCCCUUUCCCAGAUCAGCAAGGUUUAGGUCUUGCUGGAGAAGUUGUGCCAUUCCUCUUCCUCACCUGCCACUUCCUGAGCCUGUUCAGAUGAUGAACUGUGUAGGCUUCGCUUCACUCCACUCCACAUGCUAAAGCCUGCAUGUCUCCAGUGCAUCUGCAAUAAACCUGUGGGACAGUUGGGGCGAUAACCAAAUGGUGCCUUCAGAAGCAAAUGAGUCGGAAUAGGAAUUGAUCAGAAGCAAAGGGCCCUUGAAGUUUAUAAACAAUAUUGCAGUUUUAAAGGGCCCUGAAAUUGACUCCUGUUUUCAGCUUCACACUAUUUCAAUAAAGCUAUGAUUAAUGGCUUAGAUUCUAUCUUUUUUCCCAUUGUCUCUAUUCUACCCCUACCCCACAGGCUUGGAGAUAAAGCAAAAUGUAAACCUGUGCACUGUAUUUAAAAAGGUUAGGUAUUUCUGGACUUGAGGCUAAGUGUACCCUGUUUCUGAGGGAAGCUACACUGGUGAGAUAUGUAAUUUUCUUCACUCUUCUUGGCUGAGGUAAAAUUCAGGCUUGAAGUUGCUGUGUAAUACAGCCUAGAUUUUAACAACUAGCCAAAGGAUUGUGCUGGCUGGUGGUGAUGAGAGAAGUGAGACAAAUCAGUCAAGUGAGGCCAAUUUAGUUUACUGGUGGUUUGCAAGGUGGGUAGUGACUGUAACAUGUCUGUUUUUGUUACUUUGUGUAGACUGUAUUUGAAGAGACUCUAUAUAUUUUGUUGUACUUUAGCCCUUGCAUCAAAUUUAUGAAAUACAAUCAAAGAUUCACAAUUUCCUGCCGAUUUUCUGUGUCCUUUAUGGGGAAAACGCCUAGCAUUUCUAAUAAAUUUAAUCAAAAAUUGUGAUAAUAUAACGACCACUGCUCUUUAUUCAUGACCUUAAAUAAAAAAGAAACUUUUUUUGAAUAG